AUGUCUUCACUGGUUACUAUUCGAUAUGGCCCUUACGAAUCAUGUGGAGUUGUGGAUCACAAGACUUUCCGCCUGAAAGGCCUGCAAGCGGUUCUGAGAGACUGCAGCUAUGUGUGUGUUCUUGAGGAAGCACCUGACUGGAACCACGUGGAGCUGAUGUUUCAUGGAGAAAGCGUCUAUCAGUGCGACAUCAGGAAACUGGAGUUUGGUGGUGAUGGGCAGCUUGAUCCACUGUGUCAAGAGGCCAUAGAAGCAGUAAGGAAUGCACCCCAACAACAGCAAAUAUGA